AUGGAUCAACAACCGACAUAUCAAGGCCCAGAAGGAGGGGCUGAGAUGCCAGCUCUAGGAGCUGGUAUAAUACCUCCUCCGCCGAAUCAGCAACUCCCAGCGCAAAUGUUUACGACUGCUGCGCAAUUGCUUGACUUGACUGAUAAAAAGCUUAUGAUCUCCCUCCGCGAUGGCAGAAAACUUAUUGGAAUACUCCGAAGUUGGGACCAGUUCGCAAACAUCGUCCUUCAAUCUACCGUCGAACGGAUAUUCAUUGCGCCUCCCCCUCCCUCCUCACCUCAAGGUGCAACGCAGCCUGGACUCUACGCCGAUAUACCCCGCGGACUGUUUCUCGUGCGUGGCGAGAAUGUAUUGUUGCUGGGCGAAAUAGAUUUGGACAAAGAUGAUGAGGCGCCGCCAGGAUAUGAGAAAGCCGAUGCGGAGGUGGUGCAUAAGUUGGAUAAGGAGAGGAGGGCGAUGGAGGCGAAGAGGGAUAAGAAUCGUUUGAGGAAGUUGGCAGAGUUGGGAUUUGAGGGGGAGAAUUCGGGAGAGGCUAUAUUUGGAUGA